AUGCCUCUUUUCAAAAAAUUGGACUCUUUUGAUGCAUCCCAAAUUACAGCUUUAAGCGAGAUAAUCGAAUUAUACUUUAAAAAUUCAGAUUUUAAAAAACAUCCUUUAUUAUCAAAUCCAAAUCAUAGGGCAACUCUAAAGAGAGGAAUGGGUUUGGUUUACAAAAGAGAGAAUAUCUUAUUUUGCAUCGAUGUUGAAGCUUGGGAAGUUAAUCCCAAAAUUGUUACCGAAAUUGGUAUCUCAAUCUAUGAUCCAAGAGGCCAAACUUUCAAUUUAGUUCCCUAUAUUGUUCAAAUUCAUAUUAUUAUUAAAGAAAAUCAACAUUUGAAAAAUGGGAGAUAUGUGCCUGAACAUUCAAAAAAUUUCAACGGUGGUACUACAUAUAUUAUGGGCCAACAAGAAGCUGUUGAUUUCACUCAGGAUUUAAUCCAGUAUUACUUCUUUCAACCUAAGACCAAUAUAAGAACCUGUCUUGUCGGCCAUGAUUUGAAAGGAGAUAUAUCCUGGUUCAAAAAUCUUGGUAUUAAGUUUCCUACUCAAACUAAUAUAUUAGAUACUCAAGCUAUUUUCAGUGCUAGUCAUGGUAGUAAAGGAAAUAGUUUGAAAAAUGCUUUAAGAGCUUCUAAUUUGCCAUAUGCAUUUCUUCAUAAUGCAGGUAAUGACUCCUACUAUACCUUAUUGCUUGCAAUGACUCUAUGCGACCCACAUGCAAGAAAAAUUAAUCGUUUGGAUCAAGUUAGAGUUGAAGCUGACCCACUUGAUGCUUCUCCAUUUCCUUCUCCUCACCAAGUCCAGUACUUGUCACCAGGUCAAUCUCCAGGCAAUUCGGGAGGUAAAAGGAAAAACAAAUUGGGUCCUAAUGUCAGUGAGUUUGUUCAAAUACAUACUGUGCAAGAAAUGAUUGAUACUCUAUUUUUAGAAGAAUAA